AUGGUGUGGUUGAUGGUGUGGUUGAUGGUGUGGUUCACGGUGUGGUUGAUGGUGUGGUUCACGGUGUGGUUGAUGGUGUGGUUCACGGUGUGGUUGAUGGGUUGGUUGAUGGUGUGGUUCAUGGUGUGGUUGAUGGUGUGGUUGAUGGUUUGGUUCACGGUGUGUUUCAUGGUGUGGUUGAUGGUGUGGUUGAUGGUGUGGUUCACGGUGUGGUUGAUGGUGUGUUUCACGGUGUGGUUGAUGGUGUGGUUGAUGGUGUGGUUCAUCACGGUGUGGUUCACGGUGUGGUUCAUGGUGUGGUUCACGGUGUGGUUCACGGUGUGGUUGAUGGUGUGGUUCAUGGUGUGGUUGAUGGUGUGGUUCAUCACGGUGUGGUUCACGGUGUGGUUGAUGGUGUGGUUCAUGGUGUGUUUCAUGGUGUGGUUCACGGUGUGGUUGAUGGUGUGUUUGAUGGUGUGGUUCAUGGUGUGGUUGAUGGUGUGGUUGAUGGUUUGGUUCACGGUGUGUUUCAUGGUGUGGUUGAUGGUGUGGUUGAUGGUGUGGUUGAUGGUGUGGUUCAUGGUGUGGUUCACGGUGUGGUUGAUGGUGUGUUUCACGGUGUGGUUGAUGGUGUGGUUGAUGGUGUGUUUCACGGUGUGGUUGAUGGUGUGUUUCAUGGUGUGUUUCAUGGUGUGGUUGAUGGUGUGGUUCAUGGUGUUGUUGAUGGUGUGGUUGAUGGUGUGGUUGAUGGUGUGGUUCAUGGUGUGGUUCAUGGUGUGGUUGAUGGUGUGGUUGAUGAUGUGGUUGAUGGUGUGGUUCAUCACGGUGUGGUUCACGGUGUGGUUCACGGUGUGGUUCAUGGUGUGGUUCACGGUGUGGUUGAUGGUGUGGUUCAUGGUGUGGUUGAUGGUGUGUUUCACGGUGUGGUUGAUGGUGUGUUUCACGGUGUGGUUGAUGGUGUGUUUCAUGGUGUGGUUCAUGGUGUGGUUGAUGGUGUGGUUCAUGGUGUGGUUGAUGGUGUGGUUCAUGGUGUGGUUGAUGGUGUGGUUCAUGGUGUGGUUGAUGGUGUGGUUCAUCACGGUGUGGUUCACGGUGUGGUUCAUGGUGUGGUUCAUGGUGUGGUUCAUGGUGUGGUUGAUGGUGUGGUUCACAGUGUGGUUGAUGGUGUGGUUGAUGGUGUGGUUCACGGUGUGGUUCAUGGUGUGGUUGAUGGUGUGGUUCAUGGUGUGGUUGAUUCAUGGUGUGGUUCACGGUGUGUUUCAUGGUGUGGUUGAUGGUGUGGUUGAUGGUGUGGUUGAUGGUGUGGUUCACGGUGUGGUUGAUGGUGUGGUUCACGGUGUGGUUGAUGGUGUGGUUCACGGUGUGGUUGAUGGGUUGGUUGAUGGUGUGGUUCAUGGUGUGGUUGAUGGUGUGGUUGAUGGUUUGGUUCACGGUGUGUUUCAUGGUGUGGUUGAUGGUGUGGUUGAUGGUGUGGUUCAUGGUGUGGUUCACGGUGUGGUUGAUGGUGUGUUUCACGGUGUGGUUGAUGGUGUGGUUGAUGGUGUGGUUGAUGGUGUGGUUCAUCACGGUGUGGUUCACGGUGUGGUUCAUGGUGUGGUUCACGGUGUGGUUCACGGUGUGGUUGAUGGUGUGGUUCAUGGUGUGGUUGAUGGUGUGGUUGAUGGUGUGGUUCAUCACGGUGUGGUUCACGGUGUGGUUGAUGGUGUGGUUCAUGGUGUGUUUCAUGGUGUGGUUCACGGUGUGGUUGAUGGUGUGGUUGAUGGUGUGGUUCAUGGUGUGGUUGAUGGUGUGGUUGAUGGUUUGGUUCACGGUGUGUUUCAUGGUGUGGUUGAUGGUGUGGUUGAUGGUGUGGUUCAUGGUGUGGUUCACGGUGUGGUUGAUGGUGUGUUUCACGGUGUGGUUGAUGGUGUGGUUGAUGGUGUGUUUCACGGUGUGGUUGAUGGUGUGUUUCACGGUGUGGUUGAUGGUGUGGUUCAUGGUGUGUUUCAUGGUGUGGUUGAUGGUGUGGUUGAUGGUGUGGUUGAUGGUGUGGUUCAUGGUGUGGUUCACGGUGUGGUUGAUGGUGUGUUUCACGGUGUGGUUGAUGGUGUGUUUCACGGUGUGGUUGAUGGUGUGGUUCAUGGUGUGUUUCAUGGUGUGGUUGAUGGUGUGGUUCAUGGUGUUGUUGAUGGUGUGGUUGAUGGUGUGGUUGAUGGUGUGGUUCAUGGUGUGGUUCACGGUGUGGUUGAUGGUGUGGUUCAUGGUGUGGUUGAUGGUGUGGUUGAUGGUGUGGUUCAUCACGGUGUGGUUCACGGUGUGGUUGAUGGUGUGGUUGAUGGUGUGGUUCAUGUUGUGGUUGAUGGUGUGGUUCAUGGUGUGUUUCAUGGUGUGGUUCAUGGUGUGGUUGAUGGUGUGGUUGAUGGUGUGGUUGAUGGUGUGGUUCAUCACGGUGUGGUUCACGGUGUGGUUCAUGGUGUGGUUGAUGGUGUGGUUGAUGGUGUGGUUGAUGGUGUGGUUGAUGGUGUGGUUCAUCACGGUGUGGUUCACGGUGUGGUUCAUGGUGUGGUUCACGGUGUGGUUCACGGUGUGGUUGAUGGUGUGGUUCAUGGUGUGGUUGAUGGUGUGGUUGAUGGUGUGGUUCAUCACGGUGUGGUUCACGGUGUGGUUGAUGGUGUGGUUCAUGGUGUGUUUCAUGGUGUGGUUCAUGGUGUGGUUGAUGGUGUGGUUGAUGGUGUGGUUCAUGGUGUGGUUGAUGGUGUGGUUGAUGGUUUGGUUCACGGUGUGGUUCAUGGUGUGGUUGAUGGUGUGGUUGAUGGUGUGGUUCAUGGUGUGGUUCACGGUGUGGUUGAUGGUGUGUUUCACGGUGUGGUUGAUGGUGUGGUUGAUGGUGUGUUUCACGGUGUGGUUGAUGGUGUGUUUCACGGUGUGGUUGAUGGUGUGGUUCAUGGUGUGUUUCAUGGUGUGGUUGAUGGUGUGGUUGAUGGUGUGGUUGAUGGUGUGGUUCAUGGUGUGGUUCACGGUGUGGUUGAUGGUGUGUUUCACGGUGUGGUUGAUGGUGUGUUUCACGGUGUGGUUGAUGGUGUGGUUCACGGUGUGUUUCAUGGUGUGGUUGAUGGUGUGGUUGAUGGUGUGGUUCAUGGUGUGGUUCACGGUGUGGUUCAUGGUGUGGUUGAUGGUGUGGUUGAUGGUGUGGUUGAUGGUGUGGUUGAUGGUGUGGUUCAUCACGGUGUGGUUCACGGUGUGGUUCAUGGUGUGGUUCACGGUGUGGUUCACGGUGUGGUUGAUGGUGUGGUUCAUGGUGUGGUUGAUGGUGUGGUUGAUGGUGUGGUUCAUCACGGUGUGGUUCACGGUGUGGUUGAUGGUGUGGUUCAUGGUGUGUUUCAUGGUGUGGUUCACGGUGUGGUUGAUGGUGUGGUUGAUGGUGUGGUUCAUGGUGUGGUUGAUGGUGUGGUUGAUGGUUUGGUUCACGGUGUGUUUCAUGGUGUGGUUGAUGGUGUGGUUGAUGGUGUGGUUCAUGGUGUGGUUCACGGUGUGGUUGAUGGUGUGUUUCACGGUGUGGUUGAUGGUGUGGUUGAUGGUGUGUUUCACGGUGUGGUUGAUGGUGUGUUUCACGGUGUGGUUGAUGGUGUGGUUCAUGGUGUGGUUUCAUGGUGUGGUUGA